AAUGCACACACACACAGCCCUCUCUACUAGUUGGUGCAGUGGGGUUGUAAAGGAGGAAAAAGGAGAAAUGCAUCGGCGAUGCACGGUUGGAGUUGUAGAUGGCGAAAUGCAUGCUCUCGGACAAGUGGGAAGAUGAAAUGUGUUGGUGUUAAAAGGAAGCCGGGGCUAUCAAUGGUGCGUUUAGGAGACAAAAUAUUGCUCUGUUAGCCGUUGGUAGUUUUACGACGGGCAGCAGUCGGUUUGCGUCUUAUGUAACUAACGGCCUGAGCAGCGUCGGUAAGGAAAGAGGGAUCUGCUGCUGAAUGAGAGAGAGGAAAAGAGCAGCACCGCUUUGAAUUCACAUGGCAAUUUACAUUUAGGUUAGGACACCCAAACGCUACACAAAUACAAAUUGGGGGGCUACUGGGGACGGCUACUGCUCUGAUUUAGGACUGAGUUUGAAGCCAGCAGCAAGGGGACGUGGAGUGACUUAGUCGCCUCAAGUAGGUUGUUAAGGUGAUGGUUGACUCUGACAACCGUGACUGAGGACCUAAACCAGAACCCAAGAAGUAAAAAAAGACCGGACAGCAAGGAGGGCAGCCUGCAUAGCACUUCUUACACGGAUCUACAACACACUUGAUCAAACUCAAAGCUGCGUUGCACAGCUGUUAAGUAUAAGAGGAGCACCAGCUCUGGACCAAAGGUAGCUGAUGCUACGUGGAGUUUAAGACCUUCUUGAACAAAAGUCAAAGAAGCUUUUUGCUCCGAUGUUCAUGGACCUGAGUGGAGUUACGUGGACCUGAUAAAGAAAUGGAGGGAUAUUAGUUUGGGCCUGACGCCUGGUUUCUGCUUCCCAUUAUCGUGUGGAGUACAGAGGGCCAGUAGCCGAACUGUUGGCUGCUGCUGGACGGACCGUCGCGGGGCAGGGUCGAAUCGUGCCGCUUCAACAGAGCUGAUGCCAAGGCCAGGAGUCAGCCAUGAUGUUUUUAUAACCUGAUGAUCAGCAGAGAGAUGGUGAGGAAGAAGAAUCCCCCUAUCCGGAGUGUGGGAGGCGAGGAGGAGGAGGAGGAAGAAGAGGGGAGGAGGCCAGCAGGAGAAGAAGAAGAGGAGGGAGAGGAGGAGGGGAGAGUGGGAGCAGAGGCCGAUCGAAUAAACCGACCCUCUGAACCCGAAUCCUCCGACCGGGUCAGAGGAGAUGAGGAGCAGGAAGAGGAGGAGGGAGAGAGUGAGUGCGUAUCCUCAUCUGUCUCCCCCUCAUCUGUUGGUGAGCGCGACUGCAGUGAGGAGAGAGGGGGGAGGAGAGGAGGAGGAGGGGGGAGGGCCAAACAAGGAGGAGCGGCGUCGAGCGACAGACCCGAGAGCCAGUCGGAGCCUGAGGAUGGCGAGAAGGGGUUAGAGGAAGGAGAGAGGAGCGAGAGAGACCGAGGGGUGGCAGAUCAUCUCACUGCUCCUCUCCUCUCCGCUCCCCACCUCCUCUCCAGACAGGAAGGAGGGGAGGAGUCGACAACUGACACCCCUCCGCUUUCCUCCAGCCCCUCUCCUAAACUCCAGGACUUCAAGUGCAACGUGUGCGGUUACGGUUACUAUGGAAACGACCCCGCUGACCUGGUGAAGCACUUUAGGAAGUAUCACCUGGGUCUGCACAACCGCACACGGCAGGACGCUGCCCUCGACACACACAUCCUGGCCCUCCACAACAUGGCUCCCCAACACACACCUCUAGAUACACAGGCAGGACAGGGGAGGAACCAAGCCAAAGAGUUGGGGAAGACGAGACCAGAUAUGCACAUUCAACAGCACAGGACAGUUAUGAUGAAUGGCACAUAUGAUGUACAGGUGACGCUGGGUGGCAAGCUCAUUGGGAUCGGACGCAAGACCUCUGAUUGCCAGGGGAAUACGAAAUACUUCCGCUGCAAAUUCUGCAACUUCACAUACAUGGGCAGUAACUCCUUAGAACUUGAACAACACUUCCUGUCCUCUCAUCCAAAUAAAGUCAAAACCCCGCCAAGCACGCCCCUGCUGGCCACCAAUAACCUUGCAACGCACGACAACCAGGGCAAGGGGAGGAGUCAAAUCUUAGAUGGGGCGGAGAGAGUCGCAGUUAGAGCAGAAGACGAUUCCUUGGUGGGGUACUCCAUCCCAGUCAGGGCGUGUUCAGAUUCAUCAAGCUGGACGGGAGAGCCGGGACGAGAUCCUGUGCAGACGUAUUAUUGGUGUAAAUUCUGUAGCUGGAGCUGUGAGUGGUCAGGGGGCUCGGCGAAGCUUUUAGAGCACUAUGAACAAAGACACCGAAUGAGCACGGGAGGUACUAUGAGCCCCAGCAACUCUAAUCCUGGUGGGGCGGACAGAGAGAGAGGAGGGAGAAGAGAAGGAGGAGAAAGAGGCCACGUGUCAUCCAAAAGCCGCAAAGAUCUAUCAUCUAACCCAUCUAGCACCAGCCAAGGAGACCCAAACAGCAGUGAUUCAGAAGCAGUCGUGACCAGUUAUAACUGCCAGUUGUGUGAUUUCCGAUACUCGAUGGCCCACAGUGCAGAUGUGAUUGUAGUAGCACCGUUACUGCUGCACUACCAGCACAACCACUCCAUCCACCGAUGCUGCAUUCAGCACUGCAUGUACUGUCCACAGGGGCUCUGUCAGCCGCAGAAACACCUGGGGGAGGUGUCUCACCCCUUCGCUUGUCGGAAGCCCAGCUGCCCUAAAUGCUGUUCCAAGUUUCCUCCGUCUACCAAGCAGCAGGACACCGCCGGAUCGAAACCUGCUACCGCCACCUCUCCCAGCAUGACCCCUCCUAAUCCUAGAGGUGACCCCGGUAUGAUUUCGGGAUCAGCUUUUAACCCCUCUAACCCUGCCCAUCCUGUUGUCGCACAAGGCGUCACCCACUUGUGUGACCAGUGUGCAUUUGCCACCACCGACAUCGAUGUGUUGCUCCAGCACUACGAAAGCUGCCACACCCUGAUCAACCUAAAGGGGGCGCCGCCACAUGUCAAGGCUGAGGAAGAGGUCGGAGGUGACAAGGAAGGGGGGAGAGGAGGAGGAGAGAGGGAGUACUCUUGUACAAAGUGUCACUUCAUCACAGAAGUGGAAGAAGAGAUUUUUAGACACUACAGGCGUGUCCAUGCGUGCUGCCGUUGUCGACGAUGCGACUUCACGGCUCCUGAUUCGUCGGCCCUCCUGGACCAUUUUAACUCGGCCCACUGUCACGACUCCUCUCCCUCAUUAAGCUCACUGACAACGAACUCCUUACCCACCUCAGUGACACCUUCGUUAACACUCUCAGCCAAUGGCUGCUCAGCUCCCUCCACCUUAGCCAUUAAAGAAGAAAGCAAGGGGGAUCUUCGCCUCCUCUAUUCCCUUGCACCGCCUGAGGGACGGUUGGCAGAAGGAGGCAGAGAAGAGGCAGGAGGGGUGGUAAAAAGUGAGGGAGGUGAGGAGAAAGAAAGAGAGCGGGAGAAAGGCUGGGUGCUUGGGGAGACGAGAGGACUAGGAGAAAGAGGAGGCGAGCAGGCACACGGUUUACUCUGGGUGCCCAAGGAGCGAAUGGGGCCUGACAGAGGAGUAGAAAGAGGCGCAGGAGGUGGGAGCCCCUCUCUUUUCUCCUCCCCCCUCUCGCUGUCAUUUGUUUCAGCCAACCAUGAGGCCUCGCAGCAGAAAAGAGGCGUAGCUUCACCAAGCAUGGUUUACCUGGGAGACACCAAGUCGUUUAUGGGAGAUACCAAGUCAUAUUUGGGAGAUGCCAAGCUGUACGGAGGAGGGAGGCCAGGAGGAGCCACUGCAGGUGGAGCUGGAGGCGGAGGUGUAGCAGAGAAACGGAGCCAGAUGCCUCAACAGUACACAGGAGGAGGAGGGAGUGGAGGUGGAGGAGGACAGGAGAAAGGAGGAGCCGCGAAAGAGGAGUCCCAAUCCCUAUUACGGCGGCGCAGAGGCAGCGGGGUGUUCUGUGCAAACUGUCUGACCACCAAGACAUCGUUGUGGAGGAAGAAUGCUAAUGGAGGCUAUGUCUGCAACGCAUGUGGUUUAUACCAAAAACUGCAUUCGACACCUAGACCUCUAAACAUCAUAAAGCAGAACAACGGUGAACAAAUCAUCCGCCGCCGAACCCGAAAACGCAUCAACCCUGAUUCCCUGUCAUCGGAAACAGCCGCCCCCAAGCAGCAACGCAUCACUGGCGUGUGUGAGCGUGUGAAUGGGGAGGAGUCAGACAGAAGCUGUGCAUCAACCAAAAACCAGCAGCCUUCCCCUUGCUCACGAUCACCGCGAUCCACUCAAGCCUUCCUCGCCAAUCAAACAUUGGAGAUCCACCGACGCAUGCCGCCCCUUCUCCUCCCCUCACAUCCCCCCUCCUCACUGGUAGCCGAGGGCAAUGGGGGCAUCGCUGAGGGAGGGAUAAUAUCAAAAGCAGAAGGAGGUAAAGGAGGAGGGGGAUCAGAGAGAGGCAGUCCGAUUGAAAAGUACAUGCGUCCAUCCAAACCGUCUAGUUAUUCGCCUCCUGGUUCGCCGAUUGAAAAGUAUCAGUACCCGCUUUUCUCCUUACCCCUACCAUUAACCCUCUCACCUGAUUUGACCCCUGAGUCAGAUUGGCUCAGAUUCUGGACCAAGUACAAGAUGGCAGCCACCUCUGGGGUUCCUGGUAGCAUCAGUAAUCUAAGCAGUCCUGGUAGCCUUGGAAAUAAUGCUCAUUAUCUCGGUGCAAUGGUGGCUCCAGUACAACAUCAUCAGCAAAGCUACACGGUGCCUUACUGCGCCUCUCCCUACUCUCCUCUUCCCCCUCCUCCAGCUCCUCCUCACUACCCUCCACCUCCUCUUCAUUCCCAAACCUCGUCACCAUCAUUAGAAAAUGAUGCACCUUUGGAUCUUGCAAUAAGACAAAGAGAUACAAGUGCUGCAAACGUACACAUGUCAACAAAUGGUGCAGAAAGGGGAAGGCAGGAGUCGCCACUAGCUGAGAGGUUAAGAGAGAACUGGAAAGGAGAGAAAGAGGAGGAGGAGGAGAGGGUAGAUGAAGGAGGCAACCAGAGGGAGGAGAUAGGAAAGGAGGAAAAGGAUCAUUCGACAAAAAGCCGACCAAGUGUCCCAUCAAGUCGCGCAAUGGUGGAGGUGGGAACGCAGGAUGACCUGACGAACCGCUGCAUCCACUGUGGGAUCUACUUCCUAGAUGAAGUCAUGUACGCCCUACACAUGAGUUGCCAUGGCGACCAGGGCCCAUACCAGUGCAGUUUUUGCCUCCACGUGUGUGUAGAUCGCUACGAUUUUACCACACACAUACAACGGGGCUUACACAGGUACACAGACAAAACGUCACAAAAGAGGAUUCACGGGCAAGACGGUCUGAUUCAGAACGUCCAGGUGAUGUCAGAGUGUCAAAACGUGACGCCGGAGGAAAAAGAUGAGGGCGAUCGUAGCGAUAUCACAGAUGAAAGCAAUGAUGUCAUAGGAGUUUGUCAUGACAACCAAGCAGAAGAAACUACAGGCAACGAUGCCACUGACAAUGAAACGGAAGUUGAAAAGGAGGUAGAAGGAGAGGGUCAUGACAUAACAGACCAGAAACUGGGGGAUGAAACAGUGUCAGAUAGUAAAGAUGACAUCACACAAACGACAGAGGUCACGACUGUUGCUGAAUCUAAUAAGUUAGAUGAAAACACAGAGAGUAAUUAAUCCGAUGCCUUCAACUCACACAAACCUUUAAGAACGUGUUUUAUUGAAUGAAUAAGCUGUCGGCCUCCACGUUCCUGGAGGCUAGCUCAUGUCGAAAUGGGUCUAUCCUGGGCACUAAAUGGAACACAUCCUUAUGCUGGAAGCACUCGGCUGUCAAUUGGUCAAAAAUCAUUGUAGGAUCCCGCUGAACUGCUACAGGGACAGUUUGGAGAAAUAGCCCGAAUCCUGUGUUGAGUGACGGUCACUUGACAGCUCUGUGGCAAGUCUUCAACAACGGAGUCCGGGCAUGCAGCUGAAAUCACCUUUAAUAAACAGCCACUUCGUGCGCUUUCCAAAUAAGAGGAUUGGAAGCUCGACUGAAAGUUGGACUGCUCUCAUUUAGGAUGAGUUUGAGGAGCUCAGCACUUGCACAGCCGCCGUACAGCAGAGCAAAAAAUGAAAAAUGCUAGAAGCAAAACACUUUAACUGAGCUGAUCUGUUAUGCACCAUGCAAAACUGAACCCCCAAGCUGGCCCAAACUAGUCUGAUGCAUCAUUCAGGCCGUUUUAUCUUGGUACAACCAGAUCUGAUCUGGUUAGAACUACUCUGUUCUGGUCCAGAGCAUGUUUUUAACUGUUGCUGUGCAAAUGGAUCCAAAACCAAAACUUAUUGUGACUCUUUGAAACUGGUCAGAGCCAAACCAGUUUGUUCUGGGCUGCAGUUCAGCUGGUGUUACCUUGGUACAAAAGGAUCUGUUGGUUUCUGUCACUCGUGCCCUGAUGUAUCUGAAACUGGCAAAAAAACAACAACACAGUGACCGUGACUUUUUGAACUGCUUAAUACCAGUUUCCACUGGUAAAACCGGAGUAAUUCCGGACCGAAGUGUUCUCUUCAUCCAUUUGGAUCAAACCAAGUGACAUUAUUUUCUACCUUCCUCCGUGCCAUGAUACUAGCUACGUGCCUGGCUGCCUGCCUAAUAGAACAACCAUCUAUUAACCUGCUUAACAUUUAUAUUAAUGAUAAUAAUGGUAAUAAUAAUAAUUAUGAUGUUAUAGUACAAAACAUGCAAUUUGCUACACUUUCCUAUAUAAUAUGUUAUUUUGUAAAGGCAUUUUUUUUUGCAGGAAAUGGUACUAUACAAACUUUAGUUUUUUCUUUUUGAGCUAUCUGUUGUUUGUGCUCUUACGGAGACUUGUUACAUCGAUAACAGCCGUCUAACAGAAAUGGUACAGCAAGAGGAGGGGGGUUGUGUGUGUGUGUGUGCAUUUGUGUAAUUGCGUUUUAUGUGUGUAAGGAUCAAAGGAUGCUUCCGUCCCCAGACAACGAUGUAAACAUAAUGAAGGCUCGCGCUCGGUAUUUCAGUCCUCAGGGGUCACACGUGUUGCACACCAACCCACCUGUUUCACAGCAUGUGACACAUCAUUUUUUUUACAUGUUAAAUGGUCUAAUGGUUUUGGCAUGUUACAUAAUGUUCUCUUGCGUUCUCUUAUAUAUGUUCUUAUCAUGUUCUUUAUGUGUUAAUAGGUCAAAACGGUCUUAGUAUGUUACUUUAUUUUCUGUAUGUCUUUCACAUGUUGUUAGGUUACAUGGUUUUAUAGAGAGACUUAGGAACUUAGGGAGAUCAACCCUACAUUUUUAUCAAAAGGAUCAAUUUUUUUGGGUUAACUGUAUGAACAUUUGCUCUGUAUUGAGUCUACAGAGCUUCUUGCCUACAGUGUUUUAUUCAGCCUAUCGUAUUUCUGAGAGUUUGAUAGGUUAUGUAGCAUGUUAGCGUCUUAUAAAAACUGCAAAAUACGUUGCCUUUUCUGUGGAUGGGAACUGUUACACAUUAGACCUAAAUAAUACUGAAAAACACACAAGAUGAUGUUGCAAACAAGUUUUUGUAAUUCAGUGAAGUAAAACGAUUAUGUUGCUUUCAGCUCCAACUAACUCAUCCCACUUUUCUGCCAUUCAUUACCCACUUUUGGGUAAUUUAAGUUAAGAUAAGGCCCACCUGACACCAUAACCGAGUCUGUCUUUAAACCAAAUUUUCAUUGUUUCUUUUUGACAUUUAGGGAGUUGUGACAGUCAGGUCCUUGGAAGUCCCCCUACUCCUCAGAAUGCAACACGGUGGCCAUCUUGUUUAUUUUUAUACAGAAAGAGUCACUUCUCCUGCCUUGCUGCCUUAGUUGCUUGAAAAAAAAAAUCACCAAGAGACUCCUUUUGAAGAAAGUAAUAAUAGGCCGAAAGUAAAUAAAAGACGGGAAGGAAGAAAGAAUGAGAACAAGAUAUUUUUCUAUGCUUAUCCAAAAGACAUGAAUGAAAAAAUAUUCCGCCUAGUGCCUCGUAACUUGUACAGUUUUUCUAAUGAGUAUAUCUGUCUGUGUCGAAAAGUUAUGUAAGUUAUGAGUCAUGUCAGGCAGAAGUUGGGCAAACAGACUGCUAUAUUUAAUUCCCAUGCACCAAGUUAUCAGUCAUCCAUUAGAAUGCUUGAUUUCAGCCUAGUUAUCUGAUCGGUCGCUUUCAGCUUGGGAGAAAGACCCACAUGUACUGUAAAAAAUGAAACUGGUUUCCAAACUAACUGUUAAUCACUAUCUUUAAUUUUUGCAUGUAUGUACACGACUCUGUAGAAAUGUUGGGACAUGCCUAGGUAACUUUUGUAUGAAAGACGUCAUACCAAGAAGAUACUCUGCACUUUGUAUUUGGUUUCUUUGGAGUUGAAAGCUGAAUUAUGGCACCAGUGUCCUUAUCAUGGUUAAGGUGAAGGUCAUUCUAAGGUGUUAUUCUAAAGUGAAGCUGAUUAAUAUUAUGUUUUAAACCAUUUCUUAGGAAAGUAAGUCAGGACAGUCAUGGAAGCAAAAGGUCAAAAUCUCAUGUUUUUUAAAUCAGCAGUGAGAUGAGAUUUCUUUCGGGCAGAUAUUUCAAUACACCCAGCAAACCAGUCCAACCAGCACUGCACACAGUAUUGAAUGUCACACUAAAAUGCCAAGAAACCUCUCAAACUAUUGGUGCAACAUAUUUACAUUGCACUCUUCUGUUCGACAUCCCACUCUGGUGUCAAGUGUCGGGAUUUUUGUUCAACACCUUGACCUUGAAUGGCUCCACCAUACACGUCCCACUGAUGAAGCCAAUUUGAAAAGCAAAAUGUUUAAACAAAAAUCUGAUUUAAAUUGUCUUUGCUCUAGCAAAUCUCUUGUGUCAAACUGAUUUUUUUUAAGGUUGUGGGCAUAUCUUAAGGGGCUGCUAGCAUAAUGAAAACUGUUUACAUUUGCAAGUGUAGCAAAAAAAAAAAAAAGCAAAGGAGCGAUGCAGUGUUUUCUUAAUAGACAGAACAAAAGGAAGGAUUGAGAGAUACCUGCUGAGAUGGAUAGAUGGGUGCCUUUGAAGAAUAUACGGGCAGAAGGUGGAUGAAUAGAGGCAGAAAGAUGCUUGUAGCGACAGAUAAAAAGAGCUUUACGUACCCAUUCAUCCUUUCUCCUCUGUUGUCUCUUUACCUCCCUUUAACAACACUUGUAUCUUUCUCAUCUGUUGUCUAAUUUGACAUAUACCUCUCCAUCUUGGUCUCUUUUUAUCUCUCCGCCUGCUACUUCUUCCUUCUUCCUUCUGCCACUCAACUCUUCUCUAUUCAUCCACUUUCCUUUAUCCCUUCUUUUCAUCAAAGAAGUCAUGAAGGUAUUCUCAGUUCAGGUUGAGGGGGUUUAAAUGGGAGUCAGGUGUUUGUGUCAUAUUGUGUUGCGCCUGAAAAGCUGAUGUCAACUUAAGAAUCAACAACAAACUAUCUGCUUCUGUUGACUUUGUUGAGGUUGAAUUUAGCUUUGGGUUUGUUGAAAGAAAAAUGAUCACCAGCAGCAGUAUAACUCCAAAUACUUCCUAGAAGCAAAGUGUGGAUUUUCUCAGAUUUAGACUCAGUCAUUUGCCAACGGGACUCACAUUUGAUAAAUACUUAACUUGAUUUUUCAUCUUCUAAAAGAUACGAUUUUUAGGAAAUAGUAGGACAAAGAUGUAAAAAAGUAACGGGGUGAACUUUUUAUCCUUUGUUAAAUAUUGGUGUGCAUCUCAUCUUGGAGAAUCAUGAGGAUUUCUCAGUGGGCUGGAGACAAUUUCUGAUGCCAAAAUGUUCCAGUAGUUUAGCUUUUGAAAGAAAAUCUUUUCCCUGUACUUACCAAGUUGGAAGUAAAACGAUCACAGCCUUGAUGAUAAAGAAAAAAACUUUGCUAAUGCAAACUUUUCAUAUUGUAAGUGCACUGCAGAACCUGUUUCUAUCCAAAUAUCUUUUGUGUAUUUGCCAGCUUAACAUUGUCUCCAAGGAGGCAUGCAAGGAUACUGUAUAUCUAAAACAAAAAUAGAUUAUGUUGAGUUUUGGGAGAACAUUUCAGCCGUCAUUUAUGGUUCAAAACAGGCAAAUUUUGAGAAGAAAUGAGGUUCUGCAGGACACCGAGACAUGUUUUACUUAAUAAUGAGUGUAUGUUUUAGGUUUAAUGGCAUUUCACAUCAGCGUUUACAUUGGGGGGAGGGGGCCUUAACAAGUGUUUUUAAUUUUUUUGUCUUUGUCAGAAUGUGUUAUAGAAAAUUAUGCUGUUGCUUGCACUCCAUAUUAUUAUGUUCUUAUUGCCAAGGAAGGGACAACACACACAUACACGCACACACACAAAGACACACGCCGCCAGUGGUACGGAUUGAGUGUACAUUUUGGGAUGUACAGUAUUAACCAUGGGAGACAAGGGAGCUAAAGGCCAGUUUAUUACUGGUCAGACACAUACACAUGCAUGCACACACACAAACACACACACACACUCAAACACACACAUCAACUAUGUACAUUUAACCAAUAUAUUUUAGUAGAUUUUUGUCUCUAUUAAGUUGAAUGGCUUUUAUAGAAAUGUUCGAUUUUUUUUUUUUUUUUUUUUUUUUUUAGGUUAUUUUUCUUUCUCAUGUUGUAUUUUAUUCUGCUACCUUUCUGUACGUUAUUGUUUUUAGGUUUUAUUUCAUGCAAAAAAUGAUAUUUCAACAUAUUUUGACAGCCAAGAAAAAGUUUGUUACACAGCUAAACUUGAAGAAUAAUGUCGAUGAUGAUGACGAUGAUAAUAAUUAAUAAAAGUAAUAACAAACAUACUGAA